UAGCAUUACUUAUUUUAUUAAGUACAAACUUAUUAAUGUUAUUAUAUAUUUUUUCGUUUGAAUUACUUGUGUUUUUGGUAGUUUUUUGUACUCAAUAAUUAAUAUGGAUAACCAUACACCAAUAUCUAUUAAUGAAGAUGAAAUGGUAAGUUUCUUAUUCUUAAAACUAUUGUACCUAAAAUCUAAUGACUAAUAUUAUUUGAUAUUUUACUUUAUCACAUUACAAUAUAAAUGAAAAUACUGUGACAAUAAAAAUAUAAUGUUCUUAGAUUUUAAUUGUAUGGUCAUUUUAAGUAAUUUAGCUAUUGUAGUUUAUUUAUUUUUUAUGAUUUUAUUUCAAUAAAUUAUUUUUAUGAACAGUAUUUAUCAUCGGGUGAAACUGAAAGCAUACUGGAUACUUAUGAAUAUGGAACUAUAAGUAGCGAUGAAUAUAAUUAUGAAGAUGAAAGUAUAACGUAUGAUAGUGAUAAAGACCUGAAUUUAUACCAGCUAUUAUAUCAAGCUCAAGUUCUGAUGAAAUCUCAUCAAAUACUGCAACCCUCACUGUUGAGAAUGCUGUCAUUGUAAAAAAAAGAACACGUAAGACAGGCAUAGGAAAAUCUCCAAAAAGAAAACGUAAAACAAAUAGAAAAUAAUGGAAUGAUGUUAAAAGUAAGCAACUAUUGAAUGCUGGGGUUGAACAUUGUAACCGAAAGGGCAACAUUAUAAAGGCAAAAAAACUGGGACCACCUUGUACAGAUAAAUGUAGAAUGAAAUGUAUUGACAAAUUAAAUAAUGAUGUCCGUAAAACCAUUUUUGAUUUGUACUGGGGAUUGGGUACUCAUAUAAGGCAACGUGAUUUCAUAACUAAAUACGUAAAAAUAUUUGAAAAAAAACAAAUAACUAUCUCAAUAGCGUCGCAGUCAAGAAGAAACAAGUCUAGAAAAUAUUAUUUACCAAUCAACAAUUUAGAGAUUCAGGUUUGUCAAAAAAAGUUUUUACAAACAUUGGCUAUAUCCGACAAAGUUGUUGAUAAUGUUUGCAAAACAUUAAUAACAUCUCCAGUUUUAAAUACAGAUAUGAGGGGAAAACAUAGCAAUCGACCAUUAUCUAUAAAAGAAGAUGUUAAAAAUGCUAUUAGGAAGCAUAUAAAUAGUUUUCCUAUAGUUGAUUCUCACUAUGUUAGGGAAAACACAGCAAAAAAAUAUCUUGAAAGUGGUCUCUGUAUUUCUAAAAUGCACAGGUUAUAUUUGGAAUGGAUUUCAGAUGAACCUUUGAGUAAUUCCAAUAAUAGUGUAAUAAAUGUAACUUUAAGACAGUAUACUGAUAUAUUCAAUACUGAGUUUAAUUUGUCUUUUUUUAAACCUAAGAAAGACCAAUGUGAUGUAUGUGAGGUAUACAAACUGGCUUGUCCUGAAGAAAAAUUUAAACAAAAAGAUUUAUAUGAUAAACAUUUACUAAACAAAUCAUUAGCAAGAGAACUUAAAAACGAAGACAAAAGAAGGGCAUUAGCAGAUCCCACAUUUUGUGUUGCCGUAUUUGACCUGCCGAAGGUAUUGACAGCUCCUCAAUGUGAAGUCAGUAGUUUUUAUUAUAAACGUAAAUAUGCAACUUACAAUUUCACUAUAUUUGACAUUGGAAAACGCCAAGGUUAUUGUUACAUGUGGACUGAGUCUGAUGCUAAACGAGGAUCAAAUGAAAUUGCUACAUGUUUGUUAAAGUUUAUGACACUUAUGAAGGACAGUGGUAUUAAGGAAUUCAGUUUUUAUUCUGACAACUGUGGCGGUCAAAACAGAAACCGAUUCAUUUGUUCGAUGUGGGAAUAUGCAUCUGCAACUCUUAAAGUCACCAUUGUCCAUCGAUUUUUGGAGGUGGGACACACCCAAAAUGAAGGUGACAGUAUGCACGCUACAAUAGAGUGUGCUAAAAAAGGUAAAGUAAUUUAUGUACCGUCUCAAUGGGUUACAUUAGUCAGAUGUGCCAAGUUGAAUAAAAAUUCAUAUUUGGUUUUUGAAAUGUCAAAUGAAGAUUUCCUUAACUUCAAACCCAUGGUUGAAAAUGCAGAUUUAAAUUGGAAAAAAUCAACUAACAACGAAAUCAUUAAAUGGAAUAACAUUAGGGAAAUAUCGACAUCUUUUGAAAUGCCUUUUACUUUAAAAAUUAAGUAUGAGUAUUCAAACACAGAUUUUGUCAUAAUGGAUAUGAUUUUAAAAAAAAAACCAGGGAGACAUCAAGCACGGACCCAUUUCCCAGUAAAAGCAUAUAACUCUAAAAUUCCUAUAGAUAGACUUAAAUUGCAAGAUUUGUUAUCUUUAUGCAAUAAAGGACUAAUUCCAUCGAUGUAUCACAUUUUUUUUUUAAAUCUCUAUAAAUUUUUAAGAUGUUAUUGUUUGAAUAUUAUUUUAUUUACAUUGAUCACAAUAUUAUUACAUUGAGUUUUAAGUUUUAUUAUUAUUUUUAUUUUCAUAACAUUUUAUUUUGUGAUCUUGACAAUGAAGGGACUGAUAUUAAUAUUGUUAUAACCUAAUAUUAAGUAUUUUAUUUUUAAAUUAUCUAAGUUUAUUGUUAAAAGAACAUUACUUUUUGUCAUAUUUUUUUUUUCUAACAUAUUUUAUUUCGUUUUGU